AUGAAGAUCCCUGACAUCGGUGAUGUAAUGAAUAAAUUUGAAGUCCUUGGGAUUGUGGGUGAAGGUGCCUAUGGUGUUGUUUUGAAGUGCCGACACAAGGAGACCAAUGAAAUUGUGGCCAUUAAGAAAUUCAAGGACAGUGAAGAAAAUGAGGAGGUUAAAGAAACGACGCUACGGGAGCUUAAGAUGCUCCGCACCCUCAAGCAGGAGAAUAUUGUUGAGUUGAAAGAGGCCUUCCGCAGAAGAGGAAAGCUUUAUCUUGUCUUUGAGUAUGUGGAGAAGAACAUGCUUGAGCUGCUUGAGGAGUUACCCAACGGUGUGCCGACUGACAAAGCUCGCAGCUACAUCUACCAAUUAAUCAGAGCAAUCCACUGGUGCCACAAACACGACAUAGUUCACCGGGACAUAAAGCCAGAAAACCUUCUCAUCAGCUCUGAUGACGUCCUCAAGUUAUGUGACUUUGGCUUUGCACGUAAUCUCUCUGAGGGGACCGAUGCCAAUUACACCGAGUAUGUGGCCACUAGAUGGUACCGCUCUCCAGAGCUCCUGCUUGGGGCUCCUUACGGGAAGGCAGUGGACAUGUGGUCAGUGGGCUGCAUCUUAGGAGAGCUGAGUGACGGGCAGCCCUUGUUCCCAGGAGAGAGUGAGAUUGACCAGCUCUUUACCAUCCAGAAAGUGUUGGGACCCCUGCCACCAGAGCAGAUGAAGCUCUUCUAUAACAACCCCCGGUUCCACGGGCUGCGGUUCCCUGCUGUGAACCACCCCCAGACCUUGGAGAGAAGAUACCUGGGAAUCAUCGGUGGAGCCCUGCUGGACCUCCUAAAGAACCUGCUAUUGCUGAACCCGACAGAACGCUUUCUCACAGAGCAGAGCCUGAACCACCACGCCUUCCAGACCCUGCGGCUGGUGGACCGGCCCGGCCCACCCACACCGACACCUGUACGCUCCUCCAAGAGAAAACCUCACCAUGGAGACAACACCACCCCCAGCAGGUCAGCAGUGAGCACUAAGGCUAGUUUAAGCUCGUCUACCCACCGCUCCAGCAGCAGAGAGUGCUCCAGCUUGCCCCGGCACGAAGACCUCCACCCCAACAACGAAGGCUUUCUCAACGGCAACAUGCCUGCAGCAAUCAACCUCAGUCCCACUCUGCAUCCCAAGAACUACCAGCCGCAGAUCUACAACCACUCCACCUCGUGCAAUAUGGACCUGGCCAGCAGCAACCUGCCUCAUCUGCUCAGCCCUGGCGAAGCCAAGAGCAAGGGCGACUUUGAGAUGAACCUGGGGUCCAAGGUGUCCGACGGCCCCGGAGCCAAGUACCUCAAAUCCAACUUCCGCUCACAGCAGAACCGCCAUUCUUUUGUGGAGGGGAAGACCAACACGCUUCAAUCAGGGGAGAAACACAGUCGACACAGCUACAUGGAGUCCCACAGCUCCACGCCCUCCUCCUCCAAGUUUGCCUACCUAAACUUGUCCAAGAGCUACGGCACACUUAGCGACGCUAAGUCAGUGGGGAACUUAAAUGAUGUGCAUCUUUAUGCUGAUGAGCCCACAUCUCGUUAUUUUCCCUCAAGCUGCCUCGACCUCACAGCCCCGAGCAGCCCAGCAGCCCGCCGGGUGGACAGACUGGGACCCGGCGCUGCUGGCAGAGGAAGCAUGCGUUCUGACAGAGAGAGCAACACCCUGGACUCGUCUUACAGGCGCUCCUCCACCCGCCACAAGGCCUCAGAGGAUGCCAAGUCACCAGAUUCCCUGGACCCUGGGGAAAGUGGCGUAGAGAGGAGCCACGCUCACUCCCUGUCCGCACCACACGACCCUCUGUCUUACGGUCAGGGAUACACCAGCCCCUUCUCCUCCCAGCAGCGCCCGCAUCGCCACUCCAUGUACGUACGGAGGGACCACCAGAGGACACACGGGACGGACGAGGGGCUGGCGGUGGGGCAGGGCGCACCCACCAGGGCCAGCAGCCUCCAGCUCCUGUCACCGCAGCUGCACGAACAGGCACCCACUGAGGUCACCCACAGCAGACCCCCAAUAAGGGACUCCACAAGGGACAACACCGCAUCUUUUCACACACAGCGGCAAAAAAGCGAGGUUGGCUUAUAUCAUGACCAGCAAACAGAAGAUGGGGGCUCUUCCAAAGAGAACCGUAACAUCUACAGUGAAUCCAUGCCUCGGAGGGUGGGCAGCUUCUAUAGAGUCCCCUCUCCCCGGCCAGACAACUCCUUCCAUGACAGCAGGGGUCAGAGCCGGGGCUCGGGUCUGUCCGGGGACGGCACAGGUUUGACGAACCACUCCAAACGGCAGCCAGCGUUUGAUCCCUGGACUGGCCCUGAUACUGUUGUGUUGAACCCCUCUGAGCCAUCCAAAGAAAAGGAGAAGCAGGGUUUCUUCAGAGCAAUAAAGAAGAAAAAGAAAAAAUCUCAAAUGGUUCCUAGUGAAGGGGUGGACACAGUCAUCCAGAAGUCCUCCAGGUCCUCCAGUCACCAGAGCAACCGGGACAAAGACUGGCCACCUGAGAAACUGUCUGAUUCACACUCUCCGAGUCAGCCACUGAAGUCUCUGCGCAAACUCCUCCACCUUUCGUCCUCGUCCUCCAACCAGACCGCACCGUCUGACAUGCGCUACCAGCCGCUGCCUAAUCCAGCCUCUGCCCAAGGUGGAUUCACAGAAAGCCGGGGUCACUCAGGGGUCAGCACGCCCCAGCUGAAGAGCCGACAGACAGCCUACCCGCUGCCCGGACAGCUGGAGUCCGGCUGGCACUCGACGGCCCUGGGCCGGCCCGAGGGAAACCCCUAUCCGGAGCAAAUGAGCAUCAAGGGAGGCCAGAACGGGCACUUCGGACGCCCCUCCAGGUCUCGUAUGCCAAACCUCAACGACCUGAAAGAGACGGCUCUGUGAUCUCUGUCACCCUGCAGCUCAGAUCCACU